CCCCCCCACGACCCAAAGAUCAGUUUUUCAGUUGCUCCCUCUGAAGAAUCGCCAAGAAGACCACUACCCACCGGAAAAUCAAGAUCGACCCAGCAAUCACAGUGCUCUUUUCUUGAUUUCUUGAUUUACCCCCACCGAUUUUCCUCCGUUUCACUUUUCAAGAACCGGCGGCGAUGAGCGACCACCCGCGGCUGAGCAACCUCCGGACCACCACCCAAAUCUUGAAGCAGGCGGCCUCCACCUUCAACUCCAACCCCGUCUCCUUCCUCUUCCUCUCCUUGCUCCUCUUCUCCUUCCGCACCCUCGUCGAGAACGGCUCCUUCCUCCUCACCUCCUACAUCGACCGCGACCCUUCUCUCAAAUCCCUCCUCUCCCGCCUCGACCUCGCCGGGAACUACCCCCACCCCCACCCCCACCAGCAGGGCCUCCGCGGCGAGCAGCCGGCCCACCUCCGCCGGCGCCACCGCCCCUUCCUCCACCUCACCCGCGUCGGCACCCUCGACGACGACUUCUUCUCCGGGGACGAUGACCCCAAUCGGUCCCUCUUUAGCCACCAUCGCAGGGAUCAGCCUAAUGGCACUCUCGUGAUCCUCUCUGUAUCCAGGCCCGGCUCGGGGUUCUCGCCCAACUUCGUGGAUAACGGCCUGCGGUAUCCGGAGAUUGUGCAUCCUGGGGUCCAAUUCAGAGUGGAUGAUCGGCUGUUUAGGUCUGAUGAGGAUGUUGGUGAGAAAGAAGAUGGUGAUGGUCAAGAGCAAGAGGAGGAGAUGAGAGGUGAGAAGGAAUUUGAUAGGAUUGUCGAUUUGCAAUUCUUUAUCAAGGGUCUAGAGCUGGGUCGCCAUGAUGCCGCCGCUUUCUUUUUCCUUGUGAGCUUCUUGUCUGCAGCUUAUGGCUGGGUGAUUCUAGGGUUUCUGGUUACGUAUUCAUGGGUUUUCGGCUCUGUGUUUGUUGCGGUGGUCAAUAAUGUUUUGGGGCGGUUUAGCUCGCUCAUUGGAGUACUGUGGCAGGGAUCGAGAUUGGGACUCAGGAGGCUUUCUGGGUUCAUUUUAAUGAGGUGGGCAGUGAGAGAUGCGUUGACUCAGAUGCUUGGUUUGUGGUAUUUUGGUGAAAUUGAGGAUCAGUACUCAUUCUUCAAACUGUUUGUGAGGUUGAAGUUGAUGCCAUUCUCAGUUAUGCUGCCGUGGACUCGGGGUUUUGAGAAGGAAAUUUCGGCAUUCUUGUUUGUAUGGUUCUUGUUUGAUACAGCUAUUGCUUUUGUAUUCGUGGUGGAUGCUUGGAUUGCCAUUGUUGAUUCGAGGAAGAGUGGGAAGGAGAUUGUUAAGGAAGGUUGUUACUUGGUAUUGACAAUGUGGAAUCAGGCUAUUCAAAUUAAGUGUUUGGAAGCGAUAGUUUGUGGGACUUUUGUGAGAUGGGCUCUGGGACGAGUUGGGGGAAAGGUGUUUGCUUCAGUUUUCCAGUCAACUAUGGAGGUAUUUUUCAUGGUGGCUUGGCUGUUCUUUUAUCUUGCAACAAGAUGUAAGGAUGCUUCAAUGGGAAGGCGUUUCGAAAUUAGAGAAUUGGAAACAGUGGUGCAGGGUCUUAGAUGAUAUCUUGUGGUAAUCAGUGGAGAACUUACUUGCAUGCUUCAGUUUCCUAUGUCCAAACUGCGGUGACUAUCUGGCAGUGCUUUGUGUACUCUGCGUUUGCCAUACAAGUGAUUGGUUUUGGUGUAUACUGGCGAUAUGUUGAUAUUCUCAAUCAAGAGGCCAAACUUACCAAUGUAUAUGACCACAAGAAUGCUGCAUUGGUAUAUUAGUUGCAAUAAUUGCUUAUACCUGUUGUGAUGGUGGGUCUCAUGGUUCUAUAUCAUGUACUUUUUCCUGGAUGGAUUUCUUGUGUGGUUGAAUUGGCAAGCAUGUUGCUUCUAUUCGAUCUUUCAAUAUUUUCACUGCAGUCCUUUGCUAGAACUGUGAAUAUAACCGAAUUGGAGACUUCACUGAUAGUGUGUUCUUGGAACAGUAUAGUAAUCUGUCAAGAUUGCCAGAAAUCUGAACAUUAUUUGCUGAAACUGUUUCGUGGUUAUUAUUCCCUCAUAUGAUACCUAAAAUCUAGACAAUUAUUGGGAUAACCUUUUUGUAGUAGGUACCUUCAUUGACAGUGGUAUAAUGCAUCUGGUGUGGUUUAGUCACAGGAAGUUCGCCAUGGCAAUUAAAUGUACUUCUGGGCAGAUCAUUAUUCACUUCAGGACAAUCGAGGGCCUGAAGAAGAUUUAUUUGGCUUUGAGGAA